CCGGGAAUCGAACUGUGACCUCCAGGUUCACGGGUCGAUGCUCAGCCACUGAGCCACCCGGUUGGGCUGUGGCUCCAUUUUCUAGUGGCUCUGUCCAUAUGGUUCACACGCACUCACUCUUGUCCUUGGGGAUGUCAUCUGAGUGCCGGGGCUUAUAGAUUCGCGUCCCGCCGUCUGUCGCGAACGCAGGCGGAAGUCACUGCAAAUGCAGCAGGUCUGUCUGUCCAUGCCCUGGGGGUCAUGUGCCUGAGGCUGCCCCAGUCACCUGAGGCUGCAGGCUGCCAGGGCCGCUCCCACCCACCUGCAUUCAUGCCCAGGGGGACCUGCCUCCCUGCUGUCCUGCAGUCACCCGUCAGGUGUCCUGCCCUCCCAGGAGCCUGUGACCGUGGCCUGUGGCCUGCGGGCCACGGUGCUUUGUCCUGUAAUCGCGAGCUAGGCAGCCCUUCUGGUCAGUCCAGGAGCAGCGGCCCUGGAACCUUCUGGAAAAGCCCGAGUUUCUCGGACACAGGAGCCGUCCACGUCUGCAGGGACGGGACAGGGUUCGGAACGGCUCCCAGGACCCGCGGGCGCAGAGGCCCGGCCGUGGCCCCUCCCGAGCUGCCCGUGGAGGGGGUUGGGGAGCGCUGGCCAAGCGGGGCCCCUGCCCACGCUCUGUCCUCUCCCCUCCAGCUCGCCGCCAACGCCCUGCUCUUCCUGGGCGUGAACAUGUAUGGGGUGUGCGUGAGGGUCCUGGCGGAGCGCGCCCAGCGCAGGGCUUUCCUGCGGGCGCGCACCUGCAUCGAGGACCGGCUGCGGCUGGAGGACGAGAACGAGAAGCAGGAGCGGCUGCUCAUGAGCCUCCUGCCCCGGAACGUUGCCAUGGAGAUGAAGGAGGACUUCCUGAAGCCCCCCGAGAGGAUCUUCCACAAGAUUUACAUCCAGCGGCAUGACAACGUGAGCAUCCUCUUCGCCGACAUCGUGGGCUUCACGGGGCUGGCGUCGCAGUGCACGGCCCAGGAGCUGGUCAAGCUGCUCAACGAGCUCUUUGGCAAGUUCGACGAGCUGGCCACGGAGAACCACUGCCGGCGCAUCAAGAUCCUGGGGGACUGCUACUACUGCGUGUCGGGCCUCACCCAGCCCAAGGCCGACCACGCCCACUGCUGCGUGGAGAUGGGCCUGGACAUGAUCGACACCAUCACCACGCUGGCCCGAGUGACCAGGCGCCUCUGUCCUAGGAGCGUGGCCGUCCUGCUGCUGCUGGUGUUCUGCGUCUGCUUCCUGGUGGCCUGUGUCCUGUACCUGCAUGUCACCCGGGUCCAGGUGCGUGUCCUGUCUCUGUGCCUCACCUGGUCCAGGUGCGUGUGUGUACGUGUCCUGUCUCUNNNNUACGCGGUGGCCCAAGGCUGUGUGGUGGGCUGCCUGCCCUGGGCCUGGAGCUCCGGUCCCAACGGGUCCCUGGUGGUGCUGCCGCCCGGCGGCCUGGAAGCCGUGCUGCCCGCCCCGCCCUGCGAGUCCGCGCCCCAGGCCCUGCUCUGCGGCCUGGUGGGCACCCUCCCGCUCGCCCUCUUCCUGCGGGUCUCCUCUUUGCCCAAAGUGGUCCUGCUGUGCGUGCUCAGCGCGUCCUACAUCCUGGUCCUGGAGCUCAGCGCCUCCACCCGGGCUGUGGGGGGCACCACCUCCGGGCGCAGCUUCGAGCCCGUCCUGGCCGUCCUGCUGUUCUCCUGCACGCUGGCCCUGCACGCCCGGCAGGUGGACGUCAAGCUGCGGCUGGACUACCUCUGGGCCUCGCAGGCAAGAUGGGCCCUUCCUGCUCCCGGGGGGUGGGGGGGCGCGGAGGAGCCCCUUGGGAGCGGGCGUCAGGUGGGCGGUCCUGGCUGGAUGAGGGGAGGCAGCACAGCAGGCCGCCGCCUCACAUCAGCAACGCGGCCGGGCAGCGGGGACGUCACCACGGCCGCAGCUCACCUUCUCGCGAGGAGUUUCCCCAUCCGAGCGCCCGCGUGGCCGCCCUGGAGCACCGAGGAGGAGGACCAGGUGGCGGGACACAGCCUGCACUGCCUGACGGUGGACCUGACGCCGGGACGACUCCCAGGAGCCAGCAGGCUCUGCACUGGCUGUGAGCUGGCCAAUGGGGGGACCCGGCCCCCUCAAGCCCCUUCCACAGCAGGGCCCCGGCCGCCCACUGACCCGACCUCCGACCCCCAGGACCUGUACUACCAGUCGUACGCCCAGGUGGGCGUCAUGUUCGCGUCCAUCCCCAACUUCAACGACUUCUACAUCGAGCUGGACGGCAACAACAUGGGGGUGGAGUGCCUGCGGCUGCUCAAUGAGAUCAUCGCCGACUUCGACGAGGUGAGGUGCCCGCGGCCGGGGCGUCACUCACAGAGACCCACACCCGGAGGGAAAUGGGGGACGCGCCAGGCGGACGCCUGUUACGGUUGGCGGUCAGCGCCCGCAGACCCCCGACUGACCUCGGCGCCUCUGUCUCAGGCCCCUGCCUGCACAGUGGGGGUGCUGAGCACCCCCAGGGGCUGCAGGGGCUGCAAAUCCCUGAAGAAGAUGAGCCAUUCCCGGGCCACGGAACGGCCCCGCGCGGAGGCUGCCUGGUGGAUGUGGGUCCCCGAUCCCACUGGGGCUACAGGCUGGUCCCGCCCCCGGCAGCUGGCCGGCGGGUGCCCCUGCCCCUCUGCCCUUGUUUCCCCUGAAUGUGACGCCCGUGUCGUCCACGUGCAGGCUAAGAGGUGCGUCUCCGCCCACCUGGGCGCGCUGGCCGACUUCGCCCUUGAGAUGUUCCAUGUGCUGGACGAGAUCAACUACCAGUCCUACAAUGACUUCGUGCUCCGCGUGGGCAUCAACGUGGGGCCGGUGGUGGCCGGUGUGAUCGGGGCGCGCCGCCCGCAGUACGACAUCUGGGGCAACACCGUCAAUGUGGCCAGUCGGAUGGACAGCACGGGCGUCCCGGGCAGGAUCCAGGACCCCUGCCAGCGAGAACUCUACGAUGCGCUGGCCAAGCUGGCCCAGGAGCGGACGAGGUGCAUGGUGUCCCUGCAUGGAGAGACAGGGGUCUGCUGGUGCGUGUACCCCUGGAACGGGCAGAGGAUCGCGGGGUCCAAGGAUGUCAUCGGGGACCCCAACUGCGAUCAGAGUCCGGCCGUUGGGCGAGAAGGCCCCUCUCCAGGCAGCUGCCGCCGGAGGAGCGAGUCUGAGGACAUGCCCACCCCGGGCACAAGCGUCCACCUGCUGGUAGAGGCCCGGAAGGCGGUGCCUGGCACCUACGUGGCCGGGACCCAGUGA